CUAAUUGCAGGCUAAAUCUAUCUAUGUAUAACUAUAAAUACAUUAACAAUUAAUUAAAGUUUAGUCUUCAUGUAUAAAUAGAAGGUUCCUUUGGAGUUUUUGGGUAGAUAAUAUUGAAUUGUUUGGUGCAAAUUUUUGGUUAGGGAGAUCGCUAAGAGGAAGAUUAAUGAUGAAGAAGCAGCUGAGGUUUUCAAAGUUAAAAAGAAUGGUGAAACAGCAAAAGGGGAAGCUCUAUAUUAUGAGGAUUUGCAUAACUAUGCUUUUGUGUUGGGACAAGUACUCUUAGAUUCUCUAUUUUUCAGAUUUGUUUUACCUUCAAUUUUGUUUUAUCUUUUGUCAUCAUUGUGUAAAUCACAUUUUAUGAGGAUUUGCAUAAUUAACUAUACUUUUGUAUUACAAUUACUCCUAGAAUCUAUAUUAAUAGGAUGAUUUAGU